AUGAGUUUAUCUGAUCUAUUAGUGGAUUAUGGUGGGAGUGGCAAUUCCUAAUUUGGUAAGUGUCUGUAUAAUCUCCUUAGAUGACCAUGUAAAAAAGCAAUUUACUGGGCCAGCCAAAUUUGCCACAAAAAUUGAUCCGCUCCAAGGUGUAGAUAAUACAAUAAAACCACCUUCUUUGAACAGUUUUCAUAAGGAAACGGAUAACAUUCAUCCAUCGCCAAACUCGGGGAUGAUUCAGUUUUCGCCCAAAACCUCUAUAAACGAAGAAAAAAAUUUGAUGAAUCCUCAAAAUAAGGAAUAACUCAAAGAAAUUGUUCAGACCAAUAUGAUCAACCAAUAGAAAGAAGGCAUCAAUAAUUUUAUCAAACUCGUAUUGGCCAAAAGCUACUUCAACCGUUUUGUUGAAAAUAUGCUAUAAAAAUCUUAUGUUAAAAAAUUGUCCCAUUUCAACCUCUAUCAAAAUACAAUGAUGGAUGAUCUUAGAUAUAUUGAUUCCAAACACAAGAUUCACAAGAAUUUGAUUGGCAAAAUAUGCAAGAAACUUAGGUUUUUGCCAAUCUUAGAUCAAAGCAGCUACUUGGUCAUAGGGUGGUAAUUGUUGCACAUUUUGACCAUAAUCAUAGUAUUUUUCUGGACUCCCUUCAACAUCUCCUUUGGAAUCACAUUUGAUUAGGUUGUAUUUGGAACAUUGACAGUGAGAGAAGUUGAAUACUAUUUUUUAUUUUCCAUUGUCGUUGACGGAUUCAUAGUCAUAAACACUUCAUAUAUAGAAAAAGGAAUCAUCAUCAAACAGAGAGGCAAAAUAUUUAUAAAUUAUGUUAAUACACAAGCGAUUUACGAUUUAGUAAAUGAUAUCUUAUAAACAAGUGUUCAUUCGCAUCAAUGUUAGUUGCUCAACAAUUUAAUGUGGACAGCUCUAAUGAGAAAAUUGGUUGGCAAUUGAUUCCAUAUACAAUUUACUAUUGCAGUCGACAGUUCAAAUUACAAGCCAGAGUGCACAAAUUAGAAGAGUAAUGUUUUAAAUAAUGUUAUAUAUAGGUUUUUCAACUUUUCAGGUUGGGUACAAGAUCUUAUUGAAUUAAUCAAACUCUUAUUUAUGGUGGUUUAUGUCGGUCAUCUCUUUGCUUGUUUGUGGCAUGGAGUGGCUUUCUAUUAAAUAGGAAUUAGAAAAACUUGGCUUGAAGCUUACGAUGUUGCCAGUUCCGACGUAUUUACAAAAUACAAUUAUGCAUUUUACUGGUCUGUCCAAACCAUGAUUACAGUAGGAUAUGGAGAUCUUACACCUCAGAAUAAUUAUGAAAGAUUAUGUGCCAAUUUGAGUAUGUUUUUAGCCUGUGGUGUAUUUGCCUUUUCAUUCAAUAGUAUUGGUCUUAUGUUAAGCAAUCUAAAUUCAAGAUAAGUGCUCUAUAAACGUAGUACCAAUCUACUGAAUUCCUACUUGACUAAAAACCAAAUUAAAGUUGAGUUGCAAUCCAGAAUUAGGAAUUAUUACGACUACAUUUUUCAAGAAGAGCAGGAAAUUAACGAUGAGGAAGUCUCGCAAAUAACAACCAAGUUAUCUAGUUCUCUUUAAGAAGAACUAAAUUUUGAAAUACGAUUUAAUGUAAUGAAGACCAACAAAGUAUUAACCAAGUUCUCUUAGAAAACAUUGAGACAACUGUCUUUGGUCAUUGAAGAAGUAAGGUAUUCCCCUGAGGAUUAAAUCUUACUGCAAGGCACUCAAGAUGACUGUUCUCUCUAUAUAAUCACAAAAGGAACAAUAUCUGUCUUAUUCCAAGAUGAACCUCAAGGUCGGAACACAAGGGUUCUUUCUUACUUAGAGAAAGGGGACUCUUUUGGCGAAUACUCAUUUUUUACAGGACUCAAUCGAUGUGCCUCUGCAAAAAGCAUAGGCUUUUCAAGAGCAUACAAAAUCCCUAGAUAAUCUGUAUUAACUGUUUUAUAAACCAAUUAAAUUGAUUUAGUAUAUAAUAUUCGAUAUAAAUUAUAGGAACGCUUUUGUGAAGUGAGAGAUUCCAUAUUGUUAGGAGAAAACUAUCAACCUGCGAAAUUAAGUUGCUAUUCUUGCAAAAAGUUUAAUCAUUUGAUUAAGGAUUGUCCAGUUCUACAUUAUGUGCCUGACAAAGAGAGAGUGAUUAAAAAGGAGAACUAUCCCUUCCAAUAGGACAGAAUCGUAGUUUACAAGAGGAAAAGAUCUGAUCGCAAUUAUUAUGCAACACUUUUGGAGAUGAAAAAAACCAAUGCGUAUGUCAGAGACUUUCAAACAAGAGAAAAUUAAGCUGACAAUAUUACAGUUAUCGAUGAGGAAUUAGAUGUUUCUUAUGAGGAUAAUGAUGGGUCACCCAAUGAAUAAGAAUAUAGUAAGACAUGAUCAUUCUAUCAAUUAGCCUCUCUCUCCAAAAGUUACUCCAAAGUUUCAAGACAGCACUCAUAAAAUAGAUCCUAUUCUCAAUAUGAAAAUAAUAACAACAAAAAUCUACAACCCAUUUAAGAAAGUGAUGACUCCAUUGAUAGUCCCAGUCCUAAUAAAAGGAGAAAUAUGCAAGUCAAAUAAACACUAUAAACUGCUGGAUUUGGAGCUCAAGAUUCCUUCUAAAACAAAAUACGAAACGAUGAUUUCGAUCCAAAUUUUUCUAGUUUUGGAAAUGCUACUCCUUCCAUCAAAGAUGAAAAUAGAUACACUAUUAAAAAUGAUUCACUAGUUUUGCCAAAUCAAAUUGAUGUCCCAGGAAGAGUGACCAAGAAAAGAAUCACCUUAGUUAGAAAAUAAAAAAGGGAAGAGUCCUAUAAGCCAUUUUCAUCCUAAACGAAAGUGGAUGUUAAUUAGGAGAGGGAAAAAUCUUAAACCAGAAAGUCUAAAAUCAAGGAUCCUUUUGUUGAUAUCCCUGGCACACCUUCUAUUCAGUCUGUAGACCACAAAAGGGACUCAGUUGACAGGAUUAAUGAUCAUAGGGAUUAAAAGAGGAAAAGCACUAAAACUAAGACCAACAGAAGUAGAACUGCUAAAACUCAUAAAACAACCAAAUUGGUUCCUGAAACUCCCACAUAAGAGAUUUCAAUUCCUGUUUUCGAAAGAUAGCCUGUGUCUAUGGAAUUGGAAGAUUUUGAAGUAUUAAAGAAUUUUUCAAAUUAUUUCAGUUGGAAUAAUGCGAAAGUUGUUGUUGCACGAACAAUGAGGGUUUUAUUGAAGAAUCUUGAAAAAAGGAGAUAUUAUGUUAAUUAAUUUUCAUUUUAUACCUUCAACUCAUUGGCAAUUACUAAGAUUUCAAGAAUCAAACGAAAACUUAAACUAAUGUAAUUGAUAUCUACAAUAUUUUAGAGACGAUCCACCUCAAGAAGAGAAAAGAGAUAAGAAAAAUAUUCAUCCAUUUAAUAAGACUAUCAAAGGCAGAAGAGAAAGUAAAAGAAGCACCUAAACGGAUGAUAUCGCUGGGUUGUUUUAGAAGAAACCAUAAUUUGGAACUCAAGUCUAAUUACUCUAAGGAAUUUCUUUUUCCAGAUUUAGUCGAAUUGAAUCUGACUUGAGAUGA